AAGUCAGUACAUUCAUACUGAGCAGUUUGCAGAACAAAGUCCAAUUUUAUCUGAAGACUGGAGAUGCCUGGAUUAUAUGAAAAGCUGAUAUUGAUGGCAGCAGUGUCAUCUCUGGCUGUCUUGUCGGUGGUGAGGUCGUCCCCAGUGGUUGGGCUGGAGCCUAUCCGCUGUGCCCCCUGUACACAAGAGAAACUGAACGACUGUCCUGCUAUCCCAGCAGACUGCCAACAGGUGCUGAGGGAGCCUGGUUGCGGUUGCUGCAUGGCCUGCGCUCUGGAGAAAGGAGCAUCCUGUGGGGUUCACACAGCCCACUGUCGUGAGGGUCUCCGUUGCACACCAAGGCCAGGCGAGGCAAGGCCGCUCCACGCUCUGACGAGAGGACAGGGGGUCUGCACUGAAGAACAGGGCCAAGUGGAAGCUGAUGGAGGGACUGGCCAUGCUUCCCUGCACUACCUGUUCGGCCUCAACAUUCCUUUUGACCCACAAGACACUGCCGAGGGCCAGGAGAGUAUCAAGGCCAAGCUCAAUGUCAUCCGCAGCAAACUUGAACAUCAGGGCCCCUGUCACAUUGAACUGCAUGCGGCACUGGACACAAUAACCAGCUCUCAGCAGAAACUAGGAGAGAGGUUCACAACGUUCUACCUCCCCAACUGUGACAAGCACGGCUUCUACAAGGCCAAGCAGUGUGACUCAUCUCUGGUUGGGCCGCCCGCUCACUGCUGGUGUGUCUCUCCCUGGAAUGGGAAGAAGAUUCCGGGAUCAAGCGACCUGCCCGGCGGUGACUCAGAGUGUCACCAAGAAGUCACUCACUGAAGGAUGGAGUCUGAUUGUUACUCACACACAGACACAUGGAGAAAAACACAUGGACACAAGCAAACAAACAUCCUAAGUUAAAAUCGGGAAAUAUUGUGAAUCAGCUUGGAACCACCUGAUGAACUGACUUCCUUUUACAAAAACAAACUCAUUCACACAAAAUGUAACAUCCUAUUUCAGAGGGGGAACUUUCCUCUCAUUUUAUUUACAUUGAUGUAUGCAUCAAGACUUAUUUAUUCACUACUUGUAUAUUCUUACUAGCAUUAACCAUUUGUCAUUUUUAGAUUUUUUAUAUGUUUGCCUAUUUUUUGCGAUUGUAAAUAGGGCAAUACUGUAUACAUUUGUGUUUCUGACUAAAUAACUCCAUUGCUCAAAACCACAGGUCCACAGCUCUGCCAAGCCCUCUUCAGGAUCAGUUUUUUUUUUUUUAUGAAUUCAUUCAAAACUGGAGCUGUGCGCGGCACGAAACAACACAGCCGCUCAUUCAUUCAACAUGUUGACAUUGUCUGAAUGUAUCUCCAUUGGCGUUUCCUCAAUGGGUAUUGGGGGAAAUACUUAAAGUGCCGCAAGUAUGUGCACAGUGGCCAAGCACAAACAUAUCAGGACUCAUCCAAGCCACUGUGAGGUUUGGGAUGGGUUGUUCUGCAUUUGUCUACCUCUACUAGUCUCUGCAGGUCCACAGGUUUAGCAGAGGAUUGCUGAGGGCUCUAUUUUCAGCUAUACCUUAUCACAUUAGGGUUUUUUUUUUAGCUAUUCUUGCAUGUAUUCAAGUAUUUAUUAUGAGUCACUCAUGUUUAUACUUUUGUUUUGCUGUUGAGUUUAUGCGCAGUGGAGCAAACUGUUUGUGAGUGCUAUUUGCCAGGAAUGCUGCUAUUCCAUUAUUGGUUUUGUUGAAACAAUGUACAUAUUGUUCUAAUUCUGUGGAUGUGCAUCCGAUUAAAAUGUGAUUUCCUCAUGA